AUGCAAGAACAGAAUACUAUAGAACAAUUCAAUGAAACUGUAAACCCAAUAUCAGAACUUGAGUCUUUGGUAAAAGACCCAAAAUGCACCCAAGAUCUUUCAGCAGAAACUGAUGGUUUAAUUGAUAAGCUAGAAAAGGAUGGAGUUAAUGAAAUGAGUUUUCAGAGUGCUGUUGAGGAACUAUUGCUUUUGGAGAAAAAAUGCAGACAAGUGUCUGACUCAAACUCAAGCUGUAAAAUAAUAUAUAAAAUUAUUUCGUGGCUCUUAGAAUACUCCAAAAACAUCGACGAAUCGUUGUCAGUAAUUCAGAAAAUUUGUAAGAAGAGAAGCCAACUUAAAAAGGUAAUCUCAUACAUAAUACAACUUUUUUUAAACCUCAUAAUUGAUUCCAUAAUCGUUUUAAGUCCUAAUUUUGCAAAGUACAAUUCUUCUAGGAAACCUAUUGAAACAAUGGCUAUUUCAGAAGAAUCUUACAGUAACCUCUCUUACAAAAUCAAGGAUAUGGAUGAGUGCCUUAAAAUUAUCACUGCUCUAAGUGAUAUCACGCAAGGUAAAAUAUAUCUGGAGCUUGAAAGGGCUAGAUUAAUGCUCAUUCUCAGUAAUAUUAAGCAAGAAGACAAUGAUCUGAAAGGGGCGUCAAAACUUCUUGAAGAUAUCACUGUUGAGACUAUUGGGAACAUGGAUCUUAGAGAAAAAACUCAAUAUGUCAUUGAACAAAUGAGGCUUUCAUUAUUAUGUAGAGACUUUGUUAGACUUCAAAUAUUCGCUAAGAAAAUCAACCCAAAAAUUAUUGAGAAAUUUGUUGAACUUAAAGUGAUAUAUUACCAAUACCUUAUCAUUUUAUGGCACUUCGAACAAAAUCCAAGAGAAAUUUCCAUUUGUUUUCUAAAUCUUCUAAAUUCAAUUACUAACUUUGAAAACGACACAGAAAAUAAUUAUGAAAAAUUAAUCAGUGAAAUUCCAGAAUAUAUGAAAUCUCCUAUUUCACAAUACAAUCUUUCCGAAAAAGUGCCUACAGUUACAUCAUGUAUUGAAGGAUAUAUCAUCUACCUCAUUCUCGGUCCGUAUUCAACCACCAUUAGAGAAGAACUCAUCAAAUUUAGCAAAGAUUAUCAAAAACACAUUGAGAGAAACGCUCAAUAUAUUUCAACCUUCUUGAAUGAUUAUAUUAAUAACGAGCUCAUUUUCCUAGAAUCGACAAAAACUUUCAACUAUACUAUUCCCAAAUAUUUCAGUCAGUUAUCGAAUUGUUUCUUUUUUUCAAAUAGUGAUAAUGAAAUUAAUAAUGAUGCAUACUAUACAGAAUACAAAAGAUGUAAAAUCAACCUUUGCAGUAAAAAAGAUAGAUUUAAUCUUUUCAUGCAAAGAAUUCAAGAAAGAAAUAUCUCAGUAAUUUCAAGCUACUACAAAACUAUCUCCUUCCAGAGAUUGCAAGAUUUAUUAAAUUUGGACGGACAAGAAUUACAACUUGUGGUAAAUCAUCUCGUUGAGAGAGGUAUCUUUUCUGCGAAAAUCAAUCAACCAGCUGGGAUAAUUACCUUUACUAAUAAUAGUAACACUAAUGGGCAAUUUAAUCAAUUUCAUAAAAAUAUUGGGGAAAUACUUAAUAAACUCGAUUUACUUAAAGAUUUAAUCUCAAAUGACAUGAUGGUACAUCAAUUUAAUACCAAGGUCAACAUUAAAUAA